AAUUGCUGCUGAAGCGAUUCUGGAAAGUUCGGCGUCGCGCUCUGUGCCCCGCGGCCGCCAUGAUGACUUUUCUGCCCAAAGUGGAGCAACUGUCGUCGCGGGUCGUGCGGAUCCUCGGCUGUAACCCGGGGCCCAUGACUCUGCAGGGCACCAACACCUAUCUGGUGGGCACAGGGCCCUGUCGAAUUCUGAUUGACACAGGAGAACCAGCAGUACCUGAGUACAUCAGGUUUUUGAAACAAACACUGACUCAAUUAAAUGCCAGUAUUCAGGAAAUUCUGGUAACGCACUGGCACAUUGAUCAUGUUGGAGGCAUAUCAGAUAUAUUGAAAAAUGUUACUAAUGGUACUAAAGUUCACAUCAGCAAACUUUCACAGCAGCCACCUAAAGAAGAAACCAUAGGAGAAGAUGGCAUACAAUACACAUAUCUAAAAGAUGGAGAUGUAUUGGAAACCGAGGGAGCCACACUUAGGGUUGUAUACACACCUGGACACACCAGUGAUCAUAUGUCAUUAAUACUAAAAGAGGAAAAUGCGAUAUUUUCUGGAGACUGUAUUCUAGGAGAAGGAACAACAGUCUUUGAAGAUUUGAAUGAUUAUAUGCAGUCUCUGGAGAAGUUACUCACUUUAAAACCUGCUUUAAUAUAUCCAGGACAUGGCCCAGUUAUACAGGCUGCAGCUGAUAAAAUCAGAGCAUACAUAGCUCACAGAAAUUCGAGAGAACAGCAAAUUUUAAAGAUUUUCGAGCAGCAAUCAGGGAAGUUUUUGACCUCUGAAGACCUUGUUAAAAUUAUUUACAAGGAUACUCCUGAACAUUUACAUCAAGCAGCAGAGAAUAACAUUAAUCAUCACUUGACAAAGCUAAGAAAAGAAGGAAAAUUAAUGAAAAAUGAUGUAUCCCAAAGUUGGAAAAGUAUGCUGUAAAUCUCAUCCACAAGCUCUUUUUAAAUAGAUGAGAUGACUUCAAUAUAUUUGAUCCAGGCUGUGUCAAUUUGAUUUUUCAAGUGAUCGUCUGAAAAACGAUAAAAUAAAAAAUUAAGUUGGAUCUGUUAAGGAUGUAAAAUUAAAAUUAAAAAUUAAAAUGGAUCUGAUAAGGAUGUAAAGUCGUGAGAUGUACAAAGUAUUAUGUUUUUCUAAUUACAAAUAUAUCGACAUGUUUGCAGAGUGAAGCAAUGCUACAGAGACAGUUCUGGAUUACAAAAGGGUAGUAUGUACAGAGUUUCUAAUUCAUUACUAGCUAGUCUGAAAAUGAAAGAAGUAUAAUUGAAACAAUAUUCUUAAGAGUCUUCAACUAUAUUUGUAAUCUUUGUAUUUGAUAUAUCACCUCAUCACGUCUUCUCGACAUCUCAAAGCGCUUCACAGAAUAUACUAUAAAUUGACUAUUUUGUGAGUGGCAAAAUUAUUGAAACCAUAUUUAAUGUAAAACAAUAAUCUUUCUAAAUCACACAAUUUCAUGAUAAUGUAUUGAAUAAAUUAGACACCAUGACAAAUUGAA